AUGAAAAAUAUUGACAAUUGUCAAUCGACUAUCAGGCGAUGGAAACGAAUGCUGAUUGAUUAUCGAAGUGAAUACAAUGAGUUCCUUGAAGAACUUUAUAAGCUCUUGUCGAGACAACUAUUCAGAAAAUUCAAUUCUAUUUCAAACUCGCAAGCUAGCUCGCAAGCAUCAAGCGUUUGCCAUCAAAGGACAGUGUCCGUAACUUUAAAAAGUUCUUUGCUGUUCACCACUCAAAAACCCCAGAGACGGGAACAUCACACAUCAGUGAUCACAGCAGUUUCUAUCGCUACAAAGGUUUUCGCUUCUGUUGAACAUUUUCCACGACUAAAGCAUCUUGUUCAGAUAAUCAGUUUAAUAGUUUGA